AUGAAGGCGUUUGAGGGUCGCGCUCCCGUUGAAUACCCUCGAAAGCGUGCUUCAAUUGCGUGUAACUUCUGUCGCCAUAGGAAGCGCAAGUGUGAUGGCCAAAAGCCAACGUGUGGGCUUUGCGCCGAUGCUGGCGCCCAGUGCGAAUACCAAGAAAGUGACAGGGUGCAGGAUAUUCCGGCGGAAAUCUUGCUUCGCUUAAGUCAUAUGGAGACCCUUCUUCAGCAACAAAAAGAAGCAAUCGCCGAGCUCUCGACGCGAGUUACAUCGCAAGUUUCCUCUCCUCAAGCCGAUCCGUUGAUUUCUUUGCCCAAUGUGUCGGCGCAUUUGGCACAGCCGCGAUACAACUGGUACCCGUCGCCUGCCAAUACAUACCACGACAGGUCUUCAAUCAGCCUUCCUCCGCAACAAAACCAUGAAGAGCCCUUGCCAAUUCCUCUGGGGCACUCAACACCAACAGAAAGAUUGUUCUUUCUAGACCGAAUCAAGAACCUAAUUGGCGAAUACCCUCAAGAUUUCUUCAUGCAGCUGGAAUCAACCCGCCUACCCAAGUUUGAGGACAAAAGCGUGAAUAAAAGCUUCGACCAGAUCGAUCCUAGCCUUUUCCAAACACGCAUUACAGAGCCGUAUUUCAACGAGUUCUUGACAAACGUGCAUGCCUUUUUCCCUCUGAUGGAACCUCUAGCGUUGCGCACAGUCUACGAAAACUUCACUUUAGUACCAAGAGGCAAUAGUAUCCAAACAAUACUUUGCCUGGUUAUUAUUGCGUUGGGCAAAGUCUCUUCGAAUCCCGGACACAUUUUUGAUAUCGAAGCGGCCGAUGAUCGGAAUGGAAUUGAAUAUUUUGCUCCGGCAUAUCAUGAGCUGAAGAACCGGUGGUCGGCAUUCCUGCCUAUGAACCGUAGCCCCUUUGUGCCGUUGGCAUUUGUCUACGCCUCGUUGUAUUUCCGCUACAUCGGACGCCCGUUCCAGGCGUCUAAUAUGAUAACGGAUGCAUCUACCGCGGUCAAGUCGCUUCACUCUCUAUUGAGUGUCAAGCCCAUGAUGCGGGAACAUGACACUCUUUUUCGGACUACCUGGGCCUGCUACAUUCUUGAAUGUGACGAUUUGGCAGAAUUCAACUUCCCUCGCAGUGGAAUCGAGUUUCUCGUCGAAGGCCCUCCAUCAGUCGAAGGAGGAAUGCAUUUCCCCCGACUUUCCGAGCCCACUCAAAGAAGCAAUCUAGUAUUCCUAGCAAUGUGCUCAAUUCGUAAGCUGCUGAACAGAGUACACACCUGGAUAUAUGACCCGACCUUCCUGGACAACUACGCUGCCGCCUCUCCAUCGCAACAAAAGUCUCACUCUGCCACCCCACGUCCCCAGAAGCAUUCAAUUGCUUCCCUGGAAAGGAUUUGUGUUGAGCUGAAUCGUCAGCUCGAGGAAUGGUUCCAAUCCUUGCCACCGCAGAUCCGACCAGACCUGAAAAAGCCAAUGUCUCAUCAAGAUGCAUACGACAGUUACAUUCGCGCGCGAUAUUACGCCACGAAACACAUCAUUUAUCGGCCGAGUCUUGUUUAUGCCGCUCAGAACAAAGACAAUAACGUGUUGCCUGACUAUGUCUUCGGGAACUGCAAACAAUGUAUUGCCAGUUGUCGCAAAUUCGUCGAAGCAGCUUCGCUUCUUCUCGAGAAGAGGACCCAUUCCAAUUGGUUGCGAAUGCAAGCACUCUUGGCUGCCAUUUUCACCUUGGCAACGGCAAAAAGCACCCCGUCUCUAGAAGCGAUCGUCUCAGACUUUGAUUUUGAUCAGUUGAUGAAGGAAGCCAUACAAUCUAUUGGGCUAUGGGCACAACACUCCGAGACAGCAGAUGCAAUUUUGAGUAUCAUCAAGACAAUCCGCCAAAAAAUACGACUUUCCGUCUCCAGAACUUAG